GCGGCGGCGCUGGGGCUCCUCGUCUGCGCCCCCUCCCCGGCGCCCGCGCAGGCGCAGAGCGGUGCCGGAGGGGGCGGUCGGGCGCGUUCCGUUGGCAGCAGCCGGUUCCUGUCAGCGGCGGCGGGUGGCGGUGCCCGGUCCCGACAGCGAGCGGAGCCCCCGGCCUGGCCCGACCCGGUCCGACUCGCUGCCCCGACGCGCGGAGCGCCGCGCUCUCGCUUGCCGGUGUCUCCCCUCCCCACCCCGGGGCGGCGGAGGCUGCACCCCCCCCCCUCCCGGCCCGGCCCCCUCCUCCCGCCGCCCCCCUCGCCCCUGCCGGGCCGCGGAGCUGCGAUGCCCUCGGACUUCAUCUCUCUGCUCAGCGCCGACCUCGACCUCGAGUCCCCCAAGUCCCUCUACUCCAAGGAAUCUGUCUAUGACCUUCUCCCAAAGGAGCUGCAGUUACCACCUCCCAGAGAAACAUCUGUAGCAUCCAUGAGCCAAACAAGUGGUGGCGAGGCAGGUUCGCCGCCUCCGGCUGUCGUUGCUGCUGAUGCUUCUUCAGCUCCUUCCUCUUCCUCCAUGGGCGGUGCUUGCAGCUCCUUUACCACCUCUUCCAGUCCUACCAUUUACUCUACCUCAGUCACCGACAGCAAGGCUAUGCAAGUGGAGAGCUGCUCCUCAGCCGUGGGGGUAAGUACCCGAGGGGUAAGUGACAAGCAGUUAACCAGUAACACAGCCCAGCAGCAGCAGUCAACGCCGAAGAGACACACAGUCCUGUACAUCUCGCCACCACCUGAGGACUUGCUGGACAACAGUCGGAUGUCCUGCCAGGAUGAGGGCUGUGGAUUGGAGUCAGAGCAGAGCUGCAGUAUGUGGAUGGAGGAUUCACCCUCCAACUUCAGUAACAUGAGUACCAGUUCCUACAAUGAUAACACUGAGGUGCCACGUAAAUCACGCAAACGAAAUCCAAAGCAGAGGCCAGGGAUCAAACGCCGAGAUUGUGAAGAGUCCAACAUGGAUAUAUUUGAUGCCGACAGUGCCAAAGCGCCUCACUAUGUCCUUUCUCAGCUCAGCACGGACAGCAAAGGCAACUCAAAAGCAGGAAAUGGAGCAUCAGAGAACCAGAAAGGAGGUGGAGGGAAGAAGACCCCCAUGUUGUGUGGUCAGUACCCGACCAAGAGCGAGGGGAAGGAGCUGAAGAUUGUGGUACAGCCAGAAACCCAGCACAGGGCUCGGUACCUGACCGAGGGCAGCCGGGGCUCGGUGAAGGACCGGACACAGCAGGGCUUUCCCACUGUCAAGCUGGAAGGGCACAACGAGCCGGUGGUGCUGCAGGUGUUCGUGGGCAACGACUCCGGGCGAGUGAAGCCGCACGGGUUCUACCAGGCCUGCAGGGUCACUGGGAGGAACACGACUCCCUGCAAAGAGGUGGACAUUGAGGGGACAACAGUUAUUGAGGUGGGACUGGAACCCAGCAACAAUAUGACACUUGCGGUUGAUUGCGUGGGAAUACUGAAGCUGAGAAACGCUGAUGUUGAAGCUAGGAUAGGGAUUGCUGGCUCCAAGAAAAAAAGCACACGUGCUAGGCUGGUCUUUCGUGUUAAUAUCGCUCGCAAAGAUGGUUCAACUUUGACUCUUCAGACACCUUCUUCCCCAAUUUUGUGCACUCAACCAGCAGGAGUUCCAGAGAUCCUAAAGAAAAGUCUGCACAGUUGUUCGGUGAAGGGUGAAGAGGAAGUUUUCCUGAUUGGCAAGAACUUUCUAAAGGGAACAAAAGUGAUUUUCCAAGAGAAUGUUUCUGAUGAGAAUUCUUGGAAGGCAGAAGCUGAAAUAGACAUGGAAUUAUUUCAUCAGAAUCACCUUAUUGUGAAGGUGCCACCAUAUCAUGACCAGCAAAUAACCUCAGCUGUUUCUGUGGGAAUAUACGUGGUGACCAAUGCUGGAAGAUCACACGAUGUGCAGCCAUUUACAUACACUCCAGAUACAUCUGGUACUCUGAAUGUUAAUGUGAAGAAGGAAAUCUCCAGCCCAGCCCAACAUUGUUCUUUUGAAGAGGCUAUAAAAGCAGCAAAGGCCACUGGUUGUAACCUGGAGAAGGUGAACAUUCUUCCUAGUGCCUUGAUAACUCCACUCAUGCCAAGCAGUAUGAUAAAGAAUGAAGAUGUGGCUCCCAUGGAAGUAAGUGCAGAAAAAAGAUCUCCCCCUGUCUUCAAGGCUUCAAGUGUGGUUGGACCAACUCAACAAACAUUGGAAAACAGUAUGUCUGGCAUAUCAACUUCUGCUUCCCAUUUACCCUCUGAAACUGAAAACCAGCAACAAAUGCAGCCGAAGGUUUAUAAUCCAGAGACACUAACUACAAUCCAAACACAGGACAUUUCCCAGCCUGGGAGCUUCUCUGCAGUCUCUACUCCAGGUCAGCUGCAGAACAGUGAUGCAUUAUUGCAGCAAGCUGCACAGUUCCAAACAAGGGAUUCCCAAACCAGGGAGGUCUUGCAGUCAGAUGGCACAGUGGUGACUUUGUCACAAUUAAGUGAUGCAUCCCAGCAGCCACAGCCAACCCUCUCAGAGCCUGCACAGGCCCUGCAGCAGCAGAUUUCAUCAAGCAUUUUCUCCUCAGCGAGCGGUGUCAGUCAGCUGCAGAACACUAUACAGCAGCUGCAGGCUGGAAAUUUUCCAACUAACACUGCCACUGGCAGCAGUAGGAACGUUGACUUGGUGCAACAGGUAUUGGAAGCUCAGCAGCAGUUAUCUUCUGUUUUGUUUUCUGGCUCAGACAGCAGUGAGGAUGUUCAGGACCAGCUAAAUGCAGACAUCUUUCAGCAAGUGAGCCAGAUACAGAACAGUGUCAAUUCUGGGAUAUUUUCCUCCUCAGACACAGCUGUCCAUUCCAGACCAGAGAACCUGCUGCCUGGACGAGCUGAAAAUGUUCACUCCCAGCCUGAAAACACCUUGUCCAAUCAACAGCAGCAGCAGCAGCAACAGGCCAUGGAGACUUCUGCAGCAAUGGUGAUAGGAAUCCAACAGAACAUCUGCCAAACUGCAACACAGAUGCAGUCUGAUUUGUUCUCCUCAACAAGUUCAGGGAAUGCAGCCCUCCAGCAGUCACCUGUUUACCAGCAGGCUUCUCACAUAAUGGGUGGGUUAUCAACAACUGAAGACAUGCAGAUGCAGUGUGAAUUGUUCUCUUCAUCUCCUGGUGUUUCUGGAAGUGAGGCUACUCCUACUGCUCAGCAGCAGGUCUCCAACAAUGGACCUGCUAUGUUUCAGGCAUCAGGUUCUGCAGAUGGAGAAGAAGCUUCAGGGCAGAGUAAGCAGAUGCAGAGUACUGUGUUUCAGACCAUGGUUCAGAUGCAGCACAGUGGAGAAAGUCAGUCACAAGUUAAUCUCUUUUCAUCUACCAAAAACAUGAUGACUGUGCAGGGGGGUGGAACUCAGCAGCAAGGAGCUGGUCUGUUCCAGCAAGGUGGAGAAAUCAUGUCUAUUCAGUCAGGAACCUUUAUGCAGCAGUCUCCACAUUCACAAGCUCAGCUUUUUCACUCUCAGAAUCCUAUUGGUGAUGCUCAGAAUAUAUCACAGGAAGCACAAGGCUCGAUUUUUCACAGUCCAAAUUCCAUUGUGCACAACCAGACCAGUACCAACUCCUCAGACCAGCUGCAGCCUCCCAUGUUCCACUCCCAGAAUGCCAUGGGGGUACUACAGAGCUCUUCAGUUCCUCAAGACCAGCAGCCUGCCAACAUGUUUCUUUCCCAGAGUUCCAUGAGCAACCCUGCAACUCAGGAAGAACAGAUGUCAUUCUUUACAAGCCCAAAUUCCAUCUCUCCUCUCCAGACAGCAACGAACACUGAGCAGCAGACUUCUUUCCAGCAGCAGACACAGAUGUCUCACAUGCAGAGUUCUAUGCUUCCCCAAGAACAGCCCCAGACUCAGCCUGCUCAGCAAGGUUUGUUUCAGUCUCAAGUGUCAUUAGGCUCCAUGCAGUCCAGUUCAAUUCCCCAAAACCAGCAGGGAGCUCUCUUCCAGCCUCAGCAUUCCAUAGUUGCUAUUCAGAGCAGUCCUCCAUCGCAAGAGCAGCAGCAGCAGCAACAGAACAUGAUGUUCAGUAACCAGAAUGCAAUGGGUACAAUUGCUUCUCAAAAGCAGAACAUGAUUUUCAAUCCAAAUCAAAACCCAGUCACCAAUCAGGAGCAACAAGGCCAGUCCAUUUUCCAUCCACAGACUAACAUGGCAUCGAUGAACCAGGAGCAGCAGCCUAUGCAGUUCCAGAGUCAGACCACAGUGUCUUCUCUUCAGAAUCCUGGAUCCAGCCAGGCUGAAGCACAGCAGCCAGCCAUCUUCCACAACUCCCCCCAGAUUCAGCUGGUCCAAGGGUCGCCAAGUUCUCAAGAGCAACAAGUCACCCUCUUCAUCUCCUCAGCUUCCAUGUCUGCCUUGCAGAACAGCAUGAGCCAGCAAGAGCUGCAGCAGUCUCCCAUGUACUCUUCUCAGAACAGCAUGGCAGGAAUGCAGGGAGCUGCUUCUCCUCCUCAGCAACAAGCAUCUCUAUUCCACAGCACAGCAGGAGGGGCCAUCAACCAGCUGCAGAAUUCUCCUGCUUCAUCUCAGCAAACAUCAGGAAUAUUCCUGUUUGGCAUCCAAAACAACUGUGGGCAGCUGCUGACUUCUGGACCAGGCACGUUGCCCGAAGAGCUGAUGGCCAUAAGUCAGCCAGGUCAGCCCCAGGGUGAGGGACAGGCAGCAGUGCCAGCCCUGCUGUCCCAGCAGAUAUCAGAGACUCCUCCACUACCUUCAGCUAUGGCAACCAACCAGAACAUGGAGAAAAUAGAUGAUCUGCUUGUGUCAUUGCAAAGCCAGGGGAACAAUAUGGCCGGCUCGUUUUAAUUAGUCAAGAAUUCCAUGAAGAAAAAGUGUUGAUUUCCCAGAUCCUCCCAGACCUUCUGGCUCUGGAUUGGGCUGUGUGGAACUGAUUGCUUCUGUCAAAAAGUGGCCCUCCUCUCUAAAAGAGCACACCCGUGGCCAAUGGCAGCCUCCAGCACCAAGGCUCUGACCAUAGUGCUUGGGAUUUGUAGUGCCAAUAAUGCUGAGAAGCUAUGCUUUGUGUUCCCAGGGCCUGGGAUUGUACUGUUACCCCAUUCCUGAACCUCCUCACCAGUGGGGUGCUCUUUCAAUUUAAAGCAUAUCUGGUCAGUUAUUAUUGUUGUUAGAAGGUAAUUCAUGUUACCGUGUUUACUUUUUCCCCCCUCCUCUUCCUUCUUCACAUCCCCUCUUUGACUAGAAAAGCUUGUGAAGCAGAAAGAUCCAACGCCUGGGACAUGAGCCGGGGCUCAGAGCUGUCAGGAAGCAGAGGGAUGGCAGGUUUUGCAGUGGAGUGGGAGAGCUCCUGCUCCCAUUUGUUAAUUGCAGUAGAUGGCAUUUGUUAAUUGCUGCUGUAGAUAGGCAGAGGUGGGUGCUUCCCACCCCAGAAUGUGAUCCAUGGUUUUCCGUGUCUCUUACAUCUUACUGAACAUCGAGCAAGGGUUUGGGGGCUCUAUCAAAAUGAAGAGAUGAAGGGGAACUUCCCAUUACAUUUUGCUGGUAAAAUCUUCUCUAAAAUACCUUCAGUUUGAACAGAACAUCCUGCCUGGCUCUGGAAAGAGCUCUUUCAUGUCUGUCCCUCUGACCGUAGGGUUAGAGCUCAGUAAAGCUGCACUGUCCCUUCUCAGACCAGUCUUCUCCCUUUGUUCCUGUUAUGGUUUUCCUUCUCUCUCCCUCAGUUUCAUCUUGUGUUUUUUAAAAAAAACAUAAAUAUCCUACUGGCUUUAAAGAUCAGAAGCAGCUUUUAGGAAUCCACAGCAUUGACUGGCUUAGUCAGUAGGAGCUUUGACAAAUAAUCAAGGACUAAGGAAGAGGAAACAGUUUUUCCACCAUCUUCCCAAUGCAGGAACCCCCCUUAACCCACCAUUUCCCAGCUGUUACUGGGGAUGUGAAUCUGCAGCUUGACUUUACUCCAAGUAGGGGACAAGUGACAUCAUUUUUAAGCAUUCUUGAAAAUUUCACUUCAUCCUGAGCUGUUGCAUCUUUGUAGCAUAUUGAGCUCCUUGCGGUUUGGAAGUGAUUUAUUUUUCCUGUCAAGUCCCCAGGUCUAGGUCCUUGAUUGUCACGUUUCAGUUACAAAAAAAAAAAUUGACCAAUGUCACCGAAUGUAAAAACACCCCAAACAACCCACUCCAGACCUUGCAGUUGUGUUGUGAGGCAUGUGAAUUUUUUGGGUGCUCCAAUGAUCUGGAUGCACGUUCCUCCUCCUGCAGGUGGGAGCUGCUGCUGCCCCGAGCCCAGCAGCUGUCCCGGGUGGUGGCUCUGCCUUGGGAGAGUGUAGUUGGUGUCACCUCAUCUUUCAUUUUUGUUAUUUUAAAUAACAAAGAGUAGUCUGUAAAUGGUUUUUGAGUUACUCUGGUCUGUUUACUGUGUGUUUUUCCCUUAACUCGUGUGCUUAGUUGAGCCGUGCAGAGUUUUUUGUUUGUUUUACUGGUUUUCCCUGUUUAUCUGUCUGUCCUAACAUUCACUUUCUGUCUCUCUCUCUCUCUCUCUCAUUGAGAGGCAUUGAAUUACGUUUUCAGUAGUAAGGCUUCUUGCCGAUAUGAAGGGAACUUUUCAGAAAGAGACCUGCUCUGGGUCAUUUAAUUUUGAAUACAGUUUUCAAUCGUUCAAGUUUUGGAUGGUUUAUAUCUAAUGUGUGUUUCAUUUUUUUGGAAAGCUAUAUUUUGUAUUUAGGAAAUGGUAUACUAUUUUGCUAUUUGUACUGAGUGAGUACAUUGGCAUAAAUAUAAAAAUUUAUAUAUAUACAUAUAUAUAAAAUAUUCUUUUUUGCCACACAUUUUUGUGGUAAAUUUGUGAGUUUGUCCGAUGUUCUACCACAACGUGGCGUCUGAUAACAGUGGGGUGGGGUGGGGUUUGUUAUGUCUUUAUUGAGUAUUUAAGUACUUUUUGCAACAUAAAGAACUUGUUCAUCUCUCGCCAUUCCAUCAGGCAACUUCUUGUUCCAACUGGCUAUGAGAAGCUUCGCUGUCUGUUUGGUGUGUCUGUCACUCAGCAGUUCCAUCUAGCAAGGAACCCGUAGGCAUUUAGGCAUGUGUACAAUAAGGAGGUUUCGUUCAGGAUGAGCCAUUCAGCUUUUAUCCACUAUCACCCUCUAUUUAAUAUUUUAUUAUUAGCGCCUCUGUGUUUUAACUCUUAAUUUAUGAUUAUGCUAAAAUGUUUAAAAUUUUAAUCAUGAUAAAAAGAAUCCUCUGCUUCAUAAUGUCCAGAGCUGCUUCAUAACCCCCAACCACACUUUUUCUUUCUGUGUUUUGGUUUUUUUUUUUUUUUUAUUUCUUAUCCUGCUAAGACAAGAUGUUAACAAAUAUCCUGUUCUGGUUCACCACGUGAGAACAGAUCUCACAGCAUUGACUGGAUGCUGGUUGAGGCUACGUGGAGGACUGAGGAUUAUGGACCGGACAACUUCCAGGUGGUCCUAGAAGUCAACAGCCAGUUACUCAACAAUGAACUGGUGGCUUUUGCAGGAUGGCAAUCCCAGGACAAGCUGUCGGGUGUCACCUGGGGCCUUCAUACACAGAAGAAGUAACAGGAAUGAGAAACUCCCUUGUGUGCUGCUUCAGUUCACUCCCUUGUUCCCAAGGGGCGAGUCUGUGGGUGAAGUGCUGUGUGGGUCAGUGCCAAGUCACCAGGGACCAAUUCUCCGUUUCACAAGAUGGGUGUCCAAAAGAGAACUUCAUACCAGGACUGCUACAGCUCCCAGGAGGGGGUAGGUUUGAAUCAUGUGCAUCUCCUAGGUCACUUAGGAAGAGAAGAGGAAAAAAAAAUCAUGUAAAAAAAUACAUUUAAGAAAAGAAAGACAAGAAAAAAAAGGGCUGUGCUAUCCCAUUUUUCACUUCUGGAGAACACGUGUCUUCUCUUGUGUUAAAUUUACCUUGUUCAUUUUAGGUCAAUGUUUAAAUGUACAACACGUUGAACACGUGAUUUGGUUACAAAAAGUAUAUGUCUUAGGAAGGAAGAGGUUGCUCAGUGGUUGCUCAGUGCUGGGGCUGCUGGCAGGUCCUGGCACAGAGGGCAGGGCCAGGCCUGCCAGGGGCUGAAGGCAGGCUGCAGGGUUGCAUGGACAAAGAGCCCAGAACAGUGUGAGCCACAUGGGCAUUGUCUCAGAGUCCCGAACAUCAACUCCUGGGAUGUAACCAGUGGAUGGUGGUAAUUGGAGCUUACUCUGCCUUUUUUUUUUUUUUUUUUUUUUAAAUUCCUGUGUUUCCUCCCCCAUGCUCAGGCUGCUGCUGGCUGGGAGCAGGGGGGCCUGUCUAGAGAUCAGGGGUUGGUCUUAGGGUGAGGUGUGGUUGAGAAAGAAGGUCACAGAUGGGGACAUGAACCUGCUGGGGCUGCUGCUGUGACCCCCCCUCCCCUCAUACAGUGUGUGUGUGUGUACAUGGGCACAUAAAUCAGAGCACACCCAGUGCACAGUUACUAGCUCAGCAUCUCCUCUGGUAGGAAGUUACUGGUGCUUUAAAUAGCAAGUCCACGUUUUGUUAUUAAUUGCCUCUUCAUGUCUAGUCUCAGCCGUUACUCAAGCUGAAUGUUUUGCUGUUAAUUUAACAUAAGAAUAGUUCAAGAAAUAAUUUCAGCCUUGCUCUUUCAAUCAGAUGUUUAAUCUCCAGGCCUUUCAUUAUAAUUGAAGUACUGACAACAGGGUGGUUACAUCUCUUUAGUUUUAAGAUAAACUAAAGCAUGAACAGUUCAGCGUUGCAACUUGCAGGUGUUUUUACUGGAAAUAGUGAGAGUCUGGGCAUCUGUAUCAGGGACAUAUUCCCCUCAUUUAGAGCAGUUGAACUUUUUUUUUUUAAAAAAAGCUUCUCUUGUGAUUUUGAUUUAGGAUAUAGUUACUAAAAAAACCCAACAAACUUGUCUGAAUAGAUUUUCUGCUUCCUUAAUAUUUUUCCAGAGUCCUCAGAAGAACACCAGCCAGGUCAGAAGCUGGCAUUGGUCUUAAAACGGUGUUGAAAUCACUCUUUGAGUAGCAGGAAAAGUGACUUAUUAAAAUGCAAAAAAAAAAAAAAAAAAAAGUUGUUACUGGACUAAAAAAGCUACAUGUAGCUCCCCUGGGUGUGCAGGUGUGUGUGCAGGUGUGUGUGCAGGCACACACAGGCACCUGCACUAGAUGCUGGAGCAGAACUGUCAGUGUUUGAAUCCCCUUCCUCUGCACAGCUGGUGGCAACUCUGUUAUUUUAGAAGCUAAAAGGAAGCUGGUACUGGGAUGCUUUGUUUGGGCUUUCAGUCUUAAUUUGGAGUAGUUUUUUGGGACAGAUUGUCACCACUUCAUGUUGGUGUUCAGACCAGGGCUGCCAGUUGGAUGUGACAGCCCUGACCUGAGCCUGUGCCCUGUUGUCCAGCAGGGAGACAGGCUGGUUAGGGGGGAGGGAGAACACAGCAGGGGCUGAGCUCCUGUGGAAGCGUCCCCACAGUGAGGGUUCCACAGGAGAAGAGGCUUCUCCUGUUUUAUAAUCUGUAUAGGUGUGUAAAUAUGCAAAGCCUGUAUAUUCUAGGGUUAUAUAUAUAUGUAUAUAGGGGAAUCAUAUAUCUAUUAUAUAUAAAGAAUUAGUAGACACAUAUAAUACGGUUAUAUUUACAUUUUUAUAAACAUGAAAUAAUGUUACUUUUUCUUAGUAUGAGAUUAUUUACCCAGGUUUUUGUAGUAACUCAGUAGUAGUAGUAUCAACCUUUCAGUACUGUACAUGUUGCUCCAGAAACUCGCUCUGCUUGUGACUGUCACCGAUGCCCUGGCUGGGAAACAGCUCCACACUUUUGUAUUUUUAUAUAUUUUUAUUAAUAAUGGCAGAUGUGGUGUUAGGUAGAAGUGGCAGCCUUGGAGGAGAGCCUGCCCAUGAGCUGGGCUGGGGCAGCCCAGGCCUCCUGCCUCCCUCUGCUCCCCUGCCAGCUUUCCCAAACCAUUUCCUGACUUUGGGACCUUUCCCGUUCCCAGUCUCCCAGCAGCUCGUGGUGACAGGGAAUGCUGGUGGCCGUGUUGCUCCAGAGGAGCUGGGCUGAUGCCAGCAGCUCUCUCCUCAUGGGGUUUGUUAGUUAUUCAGGAAUAGCAACGGAUCCAGCUGCUUCUCAGCUGGGUGGGUUUGUAUUAAUCUGUCGUUCCUCUUCUCUCCGCUCUGAUCAGCGCAGGCAUCGGUGAAUUUACUUUUUUUAACUGACUUUGUACUGUAGCCAUCAGUAUUUAGAAAACUUUCUCCUUGAAGCUGUGGGAAGCUCUGUGGUCUGUAGCUGUAGGGAAUCCUGCCCUGACUAGAACCAAUUUCUGACAGCUUGUGUGAGAAAUCAAACUCUCUAAAAGAAAUCCAGACUGUAGAAUCAUGUGCUUGUCCACCAUGCCAGGCCAGGUGUGUUCCACUGCAGUGACAUGAGGCUGAUGGUUGGACAUCACUGUCCUAGUACAGGCUCCCCAGAGCACCUCUGCCAAACUGCAGGGGAACAUCCUCAUGUCUCCUCCUGGAGCUGGCUGCUCCAGAGAUGCUCAUCUGGAGUUUGGGCUGUUGGAGUUAAUGGAAUUGCUUCCUAACACUCAAGGGCAUUGAGCCAAGGAUGAGGGAUCUGCUGGUCUCCCUGCCUGCUGUGGGACCCUCCCUGACACUCUCUGCCAGUGCCUGGCUCAGACUCCAACACUCCAACUCCCACCAAACGUCCCAUUGUGUCCCAGAGUUAGAUCAGUGAAGGAUCCUGUGGUCAGGUCAGGUCAACAGCCUUGAGGCCUCUUCUACCCCUGGAGCUGCCCUGCUGAGUGUCCCUGGGGCAGGGGGUCCCAGGCAGGAGUGGGGCAGUCCUGGGGUCAGGAUAACAGCCCUGAGGGGGGAGCUCACUUUGGAAAGGGGAGAGUGUGAACAUCUGGGUGGCAGACAACUGGACUUGGUUGUGUUGGGUUAAUGGUUGUACUUGAUGAUCUUAAAGGUCCUGUCCAACCAAGAUGAUUCUAUGAAGCCUUUUUUUUUUUUCCCUAAAUUCUGGACACCUUUGGAAGCGAGGCCCUUUGAACUCUUUCCAUCUGAGCUCGUGAUGAACGAGUAAGCUCCAAAAAAACCAAAAAGUCAAGAGCAGAGCUUUCUACCCGUUACAGCUGCACCCGUGGGGUGACCCACCGUGCUCUGCAGGCACCGACUGACCGCUGAGCUGCCUCUUCCCCCCUCCUGCAACGUGAGAGUAGCACCAGAUAUUCCUUUGUGCUUUUCUGUGUAUAUGGCUUUGGUAGUUGGGGUUUUCAAAGCACUGAUACCCAGUGUUUUCAGUUUGUUCCAUGAGGGGAUAUUUCAUUUGCAUCUAUGUUUUUAGCUACCCUGUGAUAACUUGUUGAAUAUUAAAAAAUGAAAAUAUUUUGCUUCUAUUGGGACAUUUGUAUACUCGCAACUAUAUUUCUGUAAACAGCUGCAGUCAAGAAUAAAACAAUGAAAGUUUUCAUUUUGCAGUGUAAA